AUCGUGUGUGCUGCUGACAGAAUACUAGUGCAGUCGGACAUGUAACAACUCUCCCGGCGUUUUAGAAACACUGUAACCUAACUGUAUCAAUUGACAUGGAAACAAUGUACAGUAUCUAGUACAAGAGGACAACAGCCACAGAAUAUCCUGGCAACCUUCACUUCAUUCUAGUAGGUAGAAUAAGCAAGCGUUCUGGCAGCGGUCAAAAAUGUUAGAAGGUUAGCUAGCUUUCUCAAGUGGACUAAAAGUGGAAGUUUGAUCAAUAACAUCAUGACAACUGGAAUGGAGAACUGCGCCAAACCACUUUUUACAUUUGGAAUAAUCGCCGACAUUCAAUACGCCGACAUAGAUGAUGGCUUCAAUUUCAAACGCUCAAGGAAACGAUACUACCGGAACAGUCUUCGCCUAUUGCACAAUGCACAGAAAAGGUGGACCGCGGAAACUGUCAAACCCCGGUUCAUCCUUCAGCUCGGUGACAUUAUCGAUGGCUUCAACAAGAGGCAUGGCGCAUCAGAGCGAGCCCUGGAAACGGUGAUGAAAGAGUUUGACUCCUCUCCGGUUGAAGUCCACCACGUUUGGGGCAACCAUGAGUUUUAUAACUAUAGCAGAGACACCCUAAUGCGGUCGGUUCUCAAUAGUACUACAGAUUCUGAAGCAGGAGAGGGGCAUCUCAGCAUCUGUGAGAUAUAUGCAUAUCAUUUCAGUCCAGUACCCAAAUACCGAUUUGUCGUUUUGGAUGCCUAUGAUGUGAGCCUACUAGGGAGAGAGGAGUCCAGUCUGAAAUACCAGCAGGCUAUUGCUAUUUUAAAAGCCCACAAUGACAAUGAAGAUCUGAACCACCCCCCAGCGCCUGUGGGGAUGGAGCAGAGGUUUGUGAAGUUUAACGGAGGAUUCAGUCAAGAUCAGCUGGACUGGCUGGAAGGAGUUCUGUCGUUGGCAGACGACAAACUGGAGAGGGUCACCAUUGUCAGCCAUCUCCCUAUCCACCCCAGCUCUACAGAUCCUAUCUGCCUAGCCUGGAACUAUGAUGCGCUGCUCUCCAUACUCCAGGCCCAUAAGAGUGUAGUCUGCUUCAUGGCAGGACACGACCACGAUGGAGGGUAUCACAGAGAUGACUCCGGAGUGCACUACCUCACGCUGGAGGGGGUGAUAGAGACCCCCCCGGGCAGUGACGCCUUUGGUACAGUCUCUGUGUAUGAGGACAGAAUGUUUUUAAAGGGAUAUGGAAGGAUGUCUGAUAGAAUACUGAUGUAUCCAUGAUAAUGCCAAAGAUUCUACGGCUAUACGGAAUCUGGGGAGGGCCAAUUCCUUGGGUCCUCAUAUACACUGAGUAUACAAAACAUUAAGGACACCUGCUCUUUUCAUGACAUAGAUUGACCAGGUGAAUCCAGGUAAAAGCUAUGAUCCCUUAUUGAUGUCACUUGUUAAAUUCACUUCAAUCAGUGUAGAUGAAGGGGAGGGGAGACAGGUUGUGUAUGUGUGCCAUUCAAAGGGUGAAUGGGCAAGACAAAAUAUUUAAGUUCCUAUUAACGGGGUAUGGUAGUAGGUGCCAGGCGCACUGGUUUGUGUCAAGAACUGCAACGCUGCUGGGUUUUUCCACGCUCAACAGUUUCCCGUGUGUAUCAAGAAUGGUCCACUAUCCAAAAGACAUUUAACCAACUUGACACAACUGUGGGAAGCAUUAGAGUCAACAUGGGCCAGCAUCCCUGUGGUAUCUUUCGACAUCUUGUAGAGUCCAUGCCCUGACGAAUUGUGGCUGUUCUGAGGGGGAGGGGGGGUUACAAAUCAAUAUUAGGAAUGUGUUCCUAAUGUUUGGUACACUCAGUAUGUGCAUAUAUAUAUAUAUAUUUCAUUUUCUGAGUUAAAAAGAGCCAGUGAUUAAAAUAAAGCUUUAUACCAAUAUUGAUUUAAGUGGAAGAGAACAGGUACUGAUAAAACAUGUUGCACAUUCCAUCUGGCCUGAGAUUGGGUGCCAAAAGAGUGGGAGAAUGUCUCUUCAUAACACAUAAACACACUGUCUCUCAUAAUAUGUUACCUCAGUAAGUUGAUAUUGUAGCUCUAAAUGAUGCGAUUGUUGGUGAUAGAGCUAUUGAUAAUAACCUGUGUAUAAUGAAUGCUUUGACAACAGUAAAUGGAUGAAUCUGUCUGUUGCACUGUAAGGGGUUCAUUAUUUUACCUUCAAUAAAUUUCAUUUGAUUUCUAAAUGUU